AAAGUUGGCUGAUGUAAACCGUGAACGGGAACUGGCUGAACAGCGCAAAAAUGACAAUCUUCUUUCGGAGUUAACCUCGGAUCAUCCUGUACGGCGUAUGAUUCAUCGGUUCCGGCGAAUUGGAGCCCAGUCUGGCAAUAAGAGUUCUAUUGUCUCCAUUAGGACAAGGAUGAGUGAUGAGACCAUCCCAGGGGAUGGCGUUAAUGUUUCAGGCGGAGAAAGCGAUCCGGUUGCGGAAAAGGAGUCUAAGAGAAAAGUUGAGCAGAAAAGAAAAGAAUCCACCGAAAAGUCAGAUGGUAAAGCUGGCUUGUCUCAAGUUAAAAGUGUAGAUGCGGUCAAAAUGGAUGCUGACCACAAGUCUAAGCAGCUAGUUUGCACUAAACCAGCAUCAUCGGGAUGCAUUUCGGAACAAUAUGAUGAUCUGACAGCCAGAUGGGGCCGCUUGCUGGGAGUUGAUAAAAAAUCGGCAAACGCUACUGAAAAUGAGCUCAAAAAUCCCAAGAAAUUGGUUACUUCAAAACCUGUUCAGGAUAAACAGAGAGAUGGUCUUCUAAAUGUCGACAUUGACGCAGAAAAUGGUGCCACCUUGACGGUGAAAAAAUUGAAUGAAUCCGAAAAAAAUGACAUCACCACAGGAGUAGAGAGAGCAAGCAUAGAAUAUCCCGAGUCAAGCGAAUUGAAACUUCGAGUGAAUCGGCUACUGCAUUGCCGGUUUGUCGAUUCCAAAAUGGAAGAUGAAAUUGACGCACAAAAGUCGCCCAAUCUACACGAUGAAACGGCCAAGAUAUUGCUGGACUCGCUUGAAAAUAUGAAGCGAGAAAUGUGGGAGGAGAGCAAUCUACUACUGAAUAGGAUGGAUGAAAUAAACAAUAAACUCAGUCAAAUUAUCACACUAAAUGUUGAACGCCGAAGCCAUACAUCCUCAUUGUGCACGCAAGCUAGCGCCCUAACCCCAUCCUAUGAAAGCACUCCGAUAAAAGAGGUCAAAGCUACCGGAACCACUUCACCUCGCGAUGUAUUUAGGUGUUUGCACUAUAUCGGUGGGCGUGGUAAUUCCGAUAGAAAGCCGUUGGCUGUCACCAAAAGCCAAGUUCAACGAAACCUUGACCACCCGAAGCAAGCAUCACGAGGUCAUCUGCAAAAUAUCCCGGUUCCCAACAAACCGUUGGUCAGUACCGCUUUUGACCUUGUCCGCCAGCAACGCAUCUCGCAGUACUACAGCCAGGACUCCAUGGACGACGGUAGUUAUGCAGAGUCAAGUUCACCCUCGUACACCUGCAGUAAACCGUCAUUGAUUAGCGCCAAUGACAUCAACUGUGAAAGCAACGCGAAAGUUUUGCUGGGUCUAGAACCGUUGAGGGAAAAAAGUGGUGGUACCGGUUUGGAUAGGCGAGAGAAGGAAUCGCUCCAAAUGAAAAAGUUCUCUGCAAAUCACCUCACAGAUUGCUCCAACCAAACAGCACCCUUUACAGGCCCGUCUCCGAUGCAGUGGGAUGUGGGCAAAUGUGAAAAUCUCAUAAUCCCACUCGUCAGUGUGCCCGGCAGCAACGGGAAAAUAGACACUCGAGUUCACUCUUCUCGGCGUAAAAUCGUGCAGGCCAAAUGUCGUUUGGAUGGCGGAGAAUACAAGGCAAAAGGGGGCAAAAUGUCUCUUAUCCACGAAUUGGGCAAAGAUCAGACCGGCAAUCUGGACACUGAUCUUCCGGAAGCGGACAUAGAACCGGAAAGUUUGGGUCAUCAUCUCAAUUCUCUGUCCAUCCCUCCGCCCAUCAGCUCGUUCAGCUCUCUCGCUUCACAGCUGCCUCCGCCGCCAGCUGGGCGCAAAAUGACCUCUUUCCCGCCCAAUUCCGUCUCUUCCAACUUGACGCCAAGUGAAGAUUUGUGCUCCUCCUCGGCUGCCGGUUUCAUUAGAAUCACUUCACAUGAAAAAGUGCCUUCUCACCUGCGAGCCGUUGGACCGAUUGUCUUCAGUCCCUUCCUCAAUCCGAUACCGAAUGACGAGGCGCAGAAAUACCUUUACAACACAAACACCGCCUUCGCGACCAAAGGAUGCCAGGAAAAAGAGGUUUCUGACGCACUCGAAGGAUAUCAGCACAUUCAGAGGAUUCCGGCUCAACCGCCUGGCUCUUCGUUUUCGCCACCAACUCAGGUCUCAGGGAUGGGUAAAUCUCGUAUGCAACAACGACUGUUCAAUGCCGUUGCCUCAACUGAGGCUAGAAUG